UUUUCCGCAUCCAUUCCCACUCCGCCUCCCCCUGCUUCCGCUGUCUGCACGGUGGUGGACGGAACGGCUGUCGAAUAGCGAAAAUGGGAGUACAAAUUGAAACCAUAAACCCGGGAGAUGGACAGACAUUUCCAAAGAAGGGGCAGCGCGUCGUGGUGCACUAUGUCGGAACCCUGGCAGAUGGGAAAGUGUUCGACUCCUCAAGGAACCGAGGAAAGCCAUUCAAAUUCAAGAUAGGGCACGAGGAGGUUAUCCGUGGCUGGGAUGAAGGAGUUGCCCAGAUGAGCGUAGGUCAGCGGGCCAAGCUGAUCUGCUCACCCGACUAUGCGUACGGCGCCAAGGGGCACCCGGGCAUCAUCCCCCCAAAUGCCACUCUGACCUUCGAUGUGGAACUGCUUCGUCUAGAGGCCUGAAACGUUUUGCACUGCUUUGCUUAAUUCCACUGAACUUGCCAGGGUCAACUCCUAUCAUGGGAACAUGGAGGCAAAACGUACCAGAUGAUUCCUGCAUAGGACCUACGUAUGUCUAUAGCUUCACUAAUUCACUCUCCUUCACAUUUCACAUACAACUUAUUUCACUUGCUUUCAUUUUAUAUUUGACUUUCUAUUCAGUCAUAGGUCAUGUGUUUUUGACAUUGUAUUUUCAUGUUUUGUUUUUUUGACCUUUUACAAGUUACAAAACAUGUCAGUUUUUAUAUAAGAACUGAAUCGGUCUCAUUCCUUGUGGCCGUGCAGCCUCUUUACACGACGGUCACAAUGCGGAAAACGCAUUUUCUUAAAACGAUACACUCUUUUGACAGAUUUUUAUGAAUGACUGACUGAUCAUCAGGCUACUUUAGACAAGGAUCCCUCAUAAUUUCCAAUUCCUGACUCAAGCACAUAUUCGCCAUGAGCUGCCUACAGGUCUCUGCAGAUGUUAGUUUUACUUUUGUCUCUACGGCCGCAUUGAUUCUUUAUUUAUGAGAGUGAACUGACCUUUGCUCCGACAGUCACAACUGGACAGAUGUCUUGAUAGUUGCUUGGAAAAAAAUGUGGGGAAAGUUUCUUGCGGAGAGGAAAAAAACAAAAAAACUUUUGACACUUGCAUGAAAACUUUCCUCCAAAGGGAUUUUUUAGGCACCCUGCAGUUUGUGGUAGCAUUUAUUUCAAGGAGUUGUGUGUUACAAGCUGUGGACGUUGCAUUUGGUUCCUUCACAAUAAAAGGUUUACGACAAUUUA